CCUGCCACUUUCGAAAUCCGGGUCCAUUGACAUCUCAACACCACUUUGACACUGCUACCUUCUUUGAACCUCCCAUUCCCCCGUCCCUAGGCUCCAUCCCACCAUGUCUGAAAAGGCGAGAGAAUUCGCAGACGUCCCUCAGCAGUUCAUCAAGGAGGGUACUCAGUUUGUCAACCGGUGUACCAAACCCACGAAAGCUGAAUACAUCCAGCUGUGUCGCGCCGUUGCCAUCGGAUUCGCAGUCAUGGGUCUCAUCGGGUACUUUGUCAAGCUGAUUCAUAUUCCAAUUAACAACAUCUUGGUUGGGGCGGCUUAGAGAUGAUUCCACUGGGCAUGUAGUGUGUUUGAACAGG